CUUAGAGCAGAAAUUCACCUAACCUUUUCAUCAACUAAACUAAGAUGCAAGGUUUCAAAUAUCUGGCCCUUCUGGUGUGCAUCAAUUUUGCUGCCUCGGUUGGGCUUUGUAAGGGGAAAUCUUUGGGUAAAAUCCCGCAGCUGGAAGAUACCAAGUUCAUUCAGGCUGAGGACCAAUACCUUGAGGAAGAAGACACCAUGAAUUCUAAGUUGGAGAGCUUUUUGGGGUUCAUGAAGGAGGAUUUUUUAAGGAAGCUGAAUUUAUCAGGUGUGCCUCAAGAGCACAGGAAGGUUCAGCCUCCUCAGUUCAUGAUAGAACUAUACAAUAAGUAUGCUUCUGAUAAGACUUCCAUCCCUCGGUCUGAUGUCAUUCGGAGCUUCAUCAUACAGGAUGUGACAUACUCUGUUCGUCAAGACAACAAAACAAAACACAGAAUGCUAUUCAACGUUUCUAUCCCAAAUCACGAAGAGAUUACAUUAGUGCAGCUAAGGCUAUUCACUCUCUGGGAAAGAGGUAAAACCACCAGCAACAACCUCUUCACUUCCAUUAAUGUUUAUGAUGUACAAUACGGACAGAACACAAACAUUUUACACCUUCUGGAUGAGAGAGAUGUAACUGAGGUCAAAAACACAUGGGUAGCCUUUGAUGUGACUAGGGCCAUCCGGAGCUGGCAUGAAUGUGGACAUUGGGCAGGUGAGCUCCAGAUAGAGAUCGAACAAGACAGUAAGUCUCUUAAAGACGGAUGGUUUGAGAUUAACCUGGGUUUAGAAGACAACACUUCAGCGGUUUUAAUUGUGUUUUCGGAUGAUCUUGGGAAUAGAAUGGGAGAGUCAAUGAAAGAAGUGAAUGAGAUGCUUCUUCAUGAGAAAGAGGGGGUAUUAUUGGGUAAUCAUGUUCUUGUGGACCAGCACCCGAGGAGAAAGAGGAAAGCAAAGAACAAUUACUGUCGGAGAACAUCGCUGAAGGUGAACUUCAAAGACAUCGGAUGGGACAAAUGGAUUGUGGCCCCACCUGAGUAUGAUGCUUAUGAGUGCAAAGGGGUGUGCUAUUUUCCCCUGACAUAUGAUGUAACCCCCUCCAAACACGCCAUCAUUCAAACUCUAGUUAAUCUGAGCAAUCCGAAAAAGGCAAACAUGGCAUGCUGCGUCCCAACCAAGCUGGACCCGAUUACUGUCAUGUACCAAGAGAAGGGUGUCAUCACGGUGCGACACCUCUAUGAGGAGAUGAAAGUGGCAGAGUGUGGAUGUAGGUAGUGAUUAGCUGCUUACAGAUCUGUCUAAAAUAUUUUUUUAACCUAAGCCUUCGUUUUAUCAUUUCCAUCUGUCAAAGUUAUAAUAUUAAACAAGAUACAUAAUGAUUUUUAAAAACCUUAAGUUACACUGUAGAGGUUUAUGUCAACUGCCAUAACUUAAUUUUUAAAUAGUAUUGUGUUUUUUAUUUCAUUUAAGAUUACUUUAAUUGAGAAUAUAGUUCUAAUCUAUAUCUUAAAAUUGUACUCUUUCAGACUGUACAUCUCCUGUACUCUCCUGAGCCUACAAA